AUGAGUCGUAAUUAUUCCAAGUACGCACUUAACGUAGCAAGAUUAAGCUCGCGCAUAUUUUGUGAACCACUUCCUGAAUCUGCCAAUCGAGGAAAACACGUCGAUAAAUAUCUGAGGGAGUUACCUUACUAUAAAGACAGAUCAUUCACUCAUUAUUACCCGCCCGUAUCAAAUAUUAAUCUUUUACUACGAACACUAAGAAACCACGGACUCUUUGUAGAUGAACAUAAAGACUUUAAAGAAGAAAUGGAACUUCAAAGAAAUCUUCGAGGAAAAGGAAGAUCUUUGAAGAAAUCUCUUUAA